UUCCGUCUACUUGGAACCUUGUUCACCUGCAAUUGUAUCGUUCUUCAAUUAUUUCCAGAGAAUAAUUCCCCAGCUUUCUCGUUCUAAAUCGCUGGGGCAAAUCCUUUCUAAAUUCUUUAAUUUUUUUUCCCAAUAAUUAAAACUAAAUGCGAUAGAUUCAAGAUGGGGCAGCAGCAAUCAAAAGACGAACUGCUAUAUCAGCAAGUCAAUUAUGGUAACACCGCAGGCAUCAAAACUCUUCGCAAUGACGGAGCUGGGCUCGAGUGGAUUGAUAGGGAAGGGAAAACGCCCCUGAUAAUGGCUUGCAUGAACCCUCAGCUUUUUGACGUUGCAAAGACUUUGAUUGAAUUAGGUGCCAAUGUCAAUGCUUACCGUCCUGGUCGCCAUGCUGGGACUCCUCUACAUCAUGCUGCAAAAAGAGGGCUUGUAAAGACUGUUUCAUUACUUCUUUCUCAUGGAGCAAAUCCUUUGGCGAUGAAUGAUGACUGUCUAACUCCCUUGGAUGUUGCUAGACUCAAAGGGUACACCAAUGUUGUUCGGACAAUUGAGAGACACAUUUGUUUAUUCGCUGGUUGGCUGCGGGAGCUUUAUGGGCCAGGAUUUCUUGAGCUGCUUGCACCACAGUUGCUUUCGAGAAAAGUUUGGGUGGUUGUUUUACCUUGUGGUUCUCGAAAUCUUACGAAGCCCUUCAAGUUGGAACUUGCUAUAUAUCCAACUCCACGGGAAGCUCAACCUCGCACUGUUUUUGCAUUAUGGAAGGCUAAUAUGGAAGAACCCAAUUUUAAUCUGCCCGAUCCAACAGUGGUCAUAUCUGAUAUUUCCAAGAAAACACGGAUUAAACUUGCAUCUGUUCAAGAAAAUGACAAACCACAGCUGCAGUCAUUUUGUGAAGCAUGCAAAGGAAAUCCUCAGGUCAUUCCCCCGCCUUUCAUUUUCAAUACCCAAGUCCCUGUCAUUCCCGCAACCUCCCUAAUAGCCUUGGAGGACGAGGAGUUAGCUAUGGCAAUUAAUGCCUCGAUUCAGUCUGCUGCGCAGGAAACACCUCCCGAAGUCGCAUCCACAAGCGGGAUCUACCCCGCGGAUGUUACCACCCAUGCUGAUACAUCAGUUCUCGGGGAAAUCCAAGAAGCUGGCCAGAGUAUCCAUCCAGUUCACCACGCCCCGCCUCAAAAACUUGUCGAGAACCCCGAGCCAUCAUUCAUCCCCUCGGCUCCUCCUCUCGAUGAUGGUCCAGUUCACUACCCAUCAAUCGACUCUACCCCUGUUGACUUUUCUUCACAAACGGUCGAGGCUGCAGCUGUUAGGACAGACGAGGACAGAGAUCGGCCCGGGGCCUCUUCUUGUGUAAUAUGCUUGGAUGCUCCAGUAGAGGGAGCAUGCAUCCCAUGUGGGCAUAUGGCCGGUUGCAUGUCGUGUCUGAACGAAAUCAAGGCCAAGAAGUGGGGUUGUCCUGUUUGUCGUGCAAAGAUUGAUCAAGUGAUAAGGCUAUACGCUGUCUGAUUCUUGAAAUAUUAUAUUGAUUGGCAAAUGGAAAAGCUGUAAAUGUUGAGGCUGAUUGGAACUCUGGGCAUUCUUUUACCUAAAAAAACAAAGUUAUAUAUAUGUAUAAUGCUGGUUGGUCUGAAGACAAGAAAGGUUGUAUAUUAAUGUAGUAUAUUAUAUAUACCAUGUUGAAUCCAAAUAAAAGGUUUAUUAUAUGAUUGUCAUUAUUCACUG